AUGAGUAUGCAGGGUGUUGUGGCGAUGCAGCUGUUGCGGCAGUCCACUCUUCAACCGCGCCUGAAGCUGCCGGCUGGUCGAAUUGUGUCGCUGGAGGAGGGCCGCCGCUUGGCACGACUCAUCAACGAAGAGGCGGAGCACAACGCCACUGCGUUGACGAGCGCGGUGGAGAACAAGUCGGUCGGUUCGCCGGUGGUGCUGGAGGAGCAGGUGUCGAAACGUAUCUUGUUGCUGAGACAGAAGAACAACAAGGCGGCAAACGUCAAGGCAGCCGUUGCUUAUGCGCAGCGCAGCAAGGUGUCUAAUAAGAUGGCUGAGACAGGGGCGGAAGUACGAGAUAUUGCAGUGAAAUUGUUGAAGAAAGAUAAGGGAAAUCGUAGUGCGUUGAAGGAGCGUCACGAACGCAGUAAAGGAAAGAAGUCGGGGAAGAAGCAUUGA